GGAGAGGCGCUUUUUCUUGCGAAGGCACAUUUCUCGACAAACCCGUCGACAAGAAUUUCAAGAUGGGUAGACGCGCUGUUUCACCUACCGCGUCGGAGAACGGCUUCGACAUCUCGAAUGCUCUGUUUGGAGGAGCUGGUCUGGACUCCGACGACGACAACACUCUCGCCGGCUUCGAGCAACCGAAACUCGCCGCCCCCGAUGCCUCUGGAGGUGCUGGACUCGACGACGACAGUGAUGGCGACGAGCUUUACAUUGCCGCUCAGCAGGCCGCCAACAACAGAAAGACGAAGGAUCUGACAGGAAAGACAAUCAAGAAAGGAGGAGGUUUCCAAUCCAUGGGUCUGAACGGACAUCUGCUCAAGGCAAUUACUCGCAAGGGUUUCUCAGUACCGACACCUAUCCAGCGCAAGACCAUUCCCGUCAUCCUGGACGGCCAGGAUGUUGUCGGUAUGGCCAGAACUGGUUCAGGAAAGACUGCCGCCUUCGUUAUUCCCAUGAUCGAGAAGUUGAAAUCACACAGCGCAAAGGUUGGCGCAAGAGCCGUUAUCUUGUCGCCUUCUCGUGAAUUGGCUCUGCAGACGCUCAAGGUUGUGAAAGAGAUGGGCAAAGGAACAGACCUCAGGACAAUCUUGCUGGUCGGUGGUGACAGUCUCGAAGAGCAGUUCUCGUCCAUGGCUUCCAAUCCCGAUAUCAUCAUCGCCACCCCUGGCCGUUUCGAGCAUUUGAAGAUUGAGAUGAAUUUAGAUCUGUCCUCGAUCAAAUACAUCGUUUUCGACGAAGCCGAUCGCCUGUUCGAGAUGGGUUUCGCAGCUCAGUUGACCGAAAUCAUUCACGCCCUCCCUCCGAACAGACAAACUCUCCUGUUCUCCGCCACCCUGCCUAGGUCAUUGGUCGAGUUUGCUCGUGCUGGUCUUCAGGAGCCCAAGCUAAUCCGUCUCGAUGCCGAAACAAAGGUCUCCCCCGACCUUGAAACCGCCUACUUUUCCAUCAACACUCAGGAGAAGGAGGGUGCGCUCAUCCACAUCCUCAGAGACGUUAUCAAGAUGCCCAGCGGUCCUACCGAGAGGGUCGAGCAGGCCAAGGAAGAUAGCAUGAAGUCCAAGAAGCGCAAGCGUGGUCCCGAUGGCCCUGGUGCCAACGAAACUCCGACCGAGCAUUCCACCAUUGUUUUCGCUGCCACAAAGCACCACGUCGAAUAUCUCUACAACCUUCUCAGCCAACUUGGAUACGCUGUCUCGUAUGUCUACGGUGCCCUGGACCAGACGGCCAGAAAAAUUCAAAUUCAGGAGUUCAGAUCUGGUCUCACUAACAUUUUGGUUGUCACCGAUGUCGCCGCUCGUGGUGUCGAUAUUCCCAUUCUCGCCAACGUCAUCAACUACGAUUUCCCUUCGCAACCAAAGAUCUUUGUCCAUCGUGUCGGUCGUACUGCCCGUGCCGGUAAGAAGGGUUGGGCCUACAGUCUGGUCACCCAGAAGGAUCUGCCUUACUUGCUCGACCUUCAGCUGUUCUUGAGUCGCAAACUUGUCCUUGGAAGAGAGUCAACCGACGAGAUCAACUAUGCUGACCAGGUCGUCCUGGGAACGCUCGUCAGAGCACCCCUAGAGAUCUGUGUCGAGGAAGUCGGAAAACUCGUGGACGAUGACGUUGACUUGUCCGGAAUGCGCGAUGUUUCCGUCAAGGCUGAGAAGCAAUACGUGCGUACUCGCACUUCAGCUUCAUCUGAGAGUGCAAAACGCGCCAAGGUUGUCGGCUCCUCUCCCCAUUACUCGGAAAUUCACACCCUGUUCGAGGACGACUCGGAAGCCAGACACAUGGAAUUAGAAAGAGAAAAGAUGCUAGCUCGAGUAAGUGGCUUCCGUCCCCCGGAAACCAUUUUCGAGGUUGGCAAGCGAGGUACCGCCAACGAGGCUACGGAAAUUAUGAGAAAUAGACGCGCCAAGAUCAUUCCUCGCAAGCAGCAGGAAAAGGCUGCAGAAAUCGAGGAGGCUGAUGCUGACGCUUCCGUCUUUGACGAUGUUGAGGAUGAUGAGGACCUACCCGACGGUGAUGUCGAUGUUGACCUUGAUGAAGCAUCUGAAGAUGAGCUUGAAAUCACAUUCUCACAACCAGAUAAGAAGAAGGCCAAAUCAUCAGGUGCAGGCCAGGAUUCGGAGUUCUUCAUGUCAUACACGCCGCAAAACAUUAACAUGGCUGAGGACCGAGGCUACGGCGUUCACUCGGGUACAGAUGGAGGACGCAACACUCACUUCUUGGACGCAGCCCGUGGAGCCACUAUGGACCUUACCAAUGACGACACGAAGGCUUUUGGUGCGCCAAGUAAGGCUGGUGGUCUGCGUUGGGACAAGAAGAGCAGAAAGUAUGUGUCACGUGCAAACGACGAGGACGGCUCCAAGGGUACGAAGAUGAUCACGGGUGAGAGCGGUCUCAAGAUUGCAGCCUCGUUCCGCAGUGGCCGCUUCGAUAGAUGGAGGAAGGACAACAAACUCGACGUUCUUCCCCGUGUCGGAGAGUUGGAACGCCCAGGCAACAGAAACGGCCUGGACAAUCAGCGCUUCAAGCACAACAUGGUUAAAGCGCCCAAGGACGCCGACAAGUUCCGUGAUGAUUACCACAAGCAGAAGGCAAAGGUCGACGCGGCUAAGGAGAAGCGUAUUGGCAGAUUCGAGAACGGAGCUGGAAAGAACGAAAUCAGAGGUGCUGACGAUGUACACAAGCUCAGACAAGAAGCACAGCACCGUCAAGACAAGAAUGCUCGCCCACAAGGUUCAAGCAGUCGUGGCAGAGGUGGCGGACGCGGACGUGGAGGUCCCAGCAGAGGAGGAUCGAGCAGGGGUGGAUCCAGCCGAGGUGGAUUCGGUGAUCGUGGUGGAAGUCGAGGGGGCCGCGGUGGUGGAGGCCGAGGCGGAGGAGGUGGAGGUAGAGGUGGAAGGGGAGGAAGAGGAGGAAGAAGUUAGUCAGAAUCUUCAUUCCAUUUGUUUUUACAACGCUAGCAUAGCAGCAAAAGAAGACUCCCUGCGAGCAGUUGGACGGAUCUGCUCUGCAGCACCGCGAUAUAUUCACCUUCCCAAUACAUGU